CUCAAACUCAAUUGACAGAGAACCCUUCCAAGUUCCAAACAAUCCCUCCCAUUUUCCCCCUCCAAUCCCCCAAACCAUUUCAUCCGCAAAUAUUUCCUUCUCCUUUCCGUUUCCCAUCACCCAGUAUUAUCCAUAAACGAAAAGAGAACCAUGAGCUGCAGCAGUUCCUUCACCAACACUCCCACUCUCCUGCACUCCAAACCUUCCCAUAACUCCUCAAUCAAACCAUCCACCACCUCACCAGCUACUAUUCACAACAAUCCUGCCAUUCCAACAGACAGAAGAAAGCUCGUGACAACUUUCCUGGCCACAACGUCACUAGCAACGCUGGCACAGUUCCAUGGACCAGCACUUGCGCCCGCACUGGCUCAGAGCUGGGGCACACGGUCCCAGCUCCUCGAACGCUUCUUCCAGCCGGACCUCUCCCCCGAGGAAUCAGUGGAGAGGAUUAAACAAACGGCUGAGGGGCUCCAUAGCAUCAGGGACAUGUUGGAUGCCAUGGCUUGGAGGUUUAUCUUGUUCUACAUCAGGCUUAAGCAGAACUACCUUGACAAGGAUUUGAAGAUCGCCAUGACCACUGUACCUCAAGGCAAGAGGAAAGAGUAUGUAAACAAGGCGAAUGAGCUUGUGGACAACAUGUCUCAGUUGGAUUACUAUAUAAGGACACCAAAGGUGUAUGAAUCGUACUUGUACUAUGAGAAGACCCUACAAUCAAUAGAUGAACUUGUGGAGAUGUUGGCGUGAAGGGUGGGAAGAGAUAAAGCAUGAGAUAAGUU